AUGCGCUUCUACACUAUCGCUCUCCCGUUGCUCGCUGCCAUGGCUUCAAUCCCCUCCACCAUUGCCGGGCCCAUCGCCUACGGCAUCUGUCAGACCGGAUGCAACGCCCUCGCUGUCGCCUGCUACGCCGGUGCCGGAUUCACAUUCGGGACCGUCGUAGCAGCCCCCGCGGGCCCCGCUGCAGUCCUUGCUUGUAACGCAGCUCUGGGAACUUGUUCAGCGGCUUGUGCCACGACUGCGCUUAUCGCGCCCAUUCCGUGA